GGGUUGGAGUGCCUGAGGUACAAGAGCUCCUCCGUCACGCUCAUGGGUGCCAAUGAGCAGGGCCUGCGGGGGCCGAAAGCCGGUGUCUUCUGAGGCUGACAUGGACAUGACAGAGGAGCUGACGGAGACGGAGCCGGGCGACUCUCCUUCAUCUGGAGCUCCAGGUUUCAGCGGAAACUCCCAAAAGUUUCUGUCCCUCUGAGGUUGACGAUGUUCUCCGACACAGAAGUGGAACUUCCACAGAUGUCUCACACGUCCCUGGUUCUCGUGACGGACGGGUCGGAGCUCUCCUGUCUGGGUAAAGAAGGGGUCGCCCAAAGGUGUAAGGAGAAAGAGGAGCCCCUGGGUCAAGCCUGCACCCCCCCUUUGAGCCUUGUGAUGCAGCGCGGCACUGCGAGGCACGUGGUUCCAGAAGGGUUCCACGAGGAUCCCUGCGUGUCCAUAGUUGUGCAAGCAGAACGAGAAGACUUCCAGGAGUUCAGCCCCUCCAACACCCGCUGCUCCUUCUCUCAAUCGCGCCUCCUCUCUCCAAAGCCCAGAUCGUGGAAUGAAGUCUUCACCAACAGCACAGAUGAGGAGGACCCCUCAGCCCCCCCUCCUCAGAGGAGACAGUGCAGGAGGACAAGAAACAGACGGAGGAGACAGGAGGAAGGGGAGGAGCCUCCCAUCAUCAGGGGUCUGUGGGUGCAGGAGAUUGACUGGCUGAAAGCCACGUCAGCUGCUGGAGUCAUCCCACCGCCUCCUCAGUUUACUGACCCGCCCCCGUGCUGCCAUGGCAACCCGCCGGGCACAUUUAGAGGCUGUGUCUGUGGGACAGAGGAGGCGCCACAGAGGAAGUCCGUCCACGCAGACGGCAGUGAUAACAGAGGAGGCUCAGACUCCGACUGGGGGUCCAUAAACUCCCGUGAGAGCCAGUCGGACUCUUCUUGUGUGGUUGAAGAGGAUGAUCUCGGGGAGGGUCCUUGUCUCGAACUCCUGCAUGUGUCUGGAUUUGAACCCUCGCCUCAUGCAGGCUGGGACUCUGACUCCACAGAAUGGGUGCCGAGUCCCCUGGGAACGCCAGCCUCCAGCAGUGUCCACAGCAGCGUGGACUCAUCCCAGAGCGCCGUCCAGGACGACCCCGGGGACGGCGUGCUGGAUGAGCUGAGAGGCAAAGUGAGGCAUAUUUCAAAGUUCAUCGUCUCUGCUUUCCUCAGAGCUUCCAUGAAAGACAUUCUGAAUGACUGGAAGACCUCAGCGUUCGCCAACCAAGGCCUCCUAUUUCACAGACUCCUGCGGCCCAGCAGUUGUCAGUACCGGGAGUGUGAGGAGUACUCUGUCCUUCAUCACAUCCAGAACGGCUCCUACGGGGACGUGUUCUGCGUUCGGGAUAGAAGCACCGGAUUCCAAUGUGCUGCCAAACGGAUUCCACUGAGUCACUUCCACAGUGGGGAGGUGAGCUCGUGGAGCGCCCUGAACUCCCCCCGGGUUGUGGAGCUGUUUGGGGUGGUGAGGGAAGGCCCAAACGUUGUGCUGUUCAUGGAGCUGAAGCAAGCUUGCUUGGGCCAGCUUUUAAGGCAGACGACCUGCCUCCCGGAGGAUCUGGCCCUGCAUUACCUUCAUCAGACCCUGGAGGCGCUGGAGCACCUGCACAACAGGAAAGUGCUUCACCUGGAUGUGAAAGCUGACAAUGUGCUGCUGUCUGCAGACUGCAGAGACACAUUCCUCUGCGACUUUGGCCUCUCAGAGACGUUGGAGGGCAGUGGGUGGAGCUCCAAGGCCGUCAUGGGAGCUGCGUUUCCGGGCACAGAAAGCCACAUGGCCCCUGAGGUGGCAGGAGGGGACCGGCUGAGCGCCAAGGCGGACGUGUGGAGCAGCUGCUGCAUGCUACUGCACAUGCUCAAUGGAUGCCAGCCCUGGAUACGAUGCUACUCACAUCCUCUGUGUGUCCAGAUUGUUAACGAGCCCCCUCCUCUGUGGGAGGUGCCGUCCAACUGCAACAACUUCACGGCCAAAGUCUUUAAAGCCGGACUACAGAAGGAUCCAGAGAGACGAGCGUCAUCAAAGGAGCUCAGGAGGAAAACCACCAAAGCCCUCAGAGCAGUUGGGGGUCUGAGUCCCUCUUCCAUACAUGCAGCCUGUGAGAAGCUGCUCCUCUGUCAAAGGCAGGACGACAAUGGCCUCAGCGUCUCAUCUUCUCAGAUCCCAGUCACCAAAAACAGACCUUCGGCGCCGCUCUGGGUGAGCCCCUGGAGGACUUUGGCGGGCGAUGAGGACAGCAGCCUCUGUGGCCAUGGUAGCUCAGACCAGCACUCUGAUGUAGAAACCGACUCUGUAAAUGGAGAAUGGGAGUCCUACCCAGAUCCCCUGCAGGAAGAAAACAGAAGUGCAGCCGAAUGGGACACUGGGUCGGAGUCAGACAUCGAUAUCUACAUGGGAGAGGAGGAAUUCCUGCAGAACAAGUGUCAGAAAACUGACCGAGACUAUGAGGGAGACUGUGAGGAGGAAAGGGCCAAUGAGGAGGAGGAGGAGGAGGAAGAGGAGGAGGAGUGGGACUCUAGUGCAUCAGUGGAACAUCCUUUUUCUCUCAGAGACCUCUUCCCUUUGCUGCAGAAAGGUCAAAAGAGAUUGUGGGGAUCAGAGGAAGAGCUGGAAUAUCUCAGGAAUGAUAUCCCAGUUGGGACCACAAUCCAGUGCUGGUCUCCAGAACCUCGAGAUGAACCUCCGUCCUGCUUCAGCUGUUCAGACACCUCCCAGAUGGAUGCAUCAGAGAAUGACUCUGAUCAUUCUUCUGAUGACUUGAGCUCUGGCGUCUUCUCUUCCUGCAACCGUCACUCGGACGGGCUUCUGGAGUGGAGAGCGGCGGACCGUCAGCGGUCCUCCUGCUGCUUUGAGGGUGUUGAUGUCUGGAUCGAGAACAUGCAGGGGGAGUGUCUGCGGAUCCGAGAGAGCCGGCAGGUCAACGUGGGUCAUGUUGCCGUAGGAAUCAGUGAUCAGAUCUGGGGAAAGGCCUUCACUUUGGAAAGUUUGGACAGAAAGCUCGUGCCCCUGGAAGAGAAGGUCAAAGUGUCGGGUCUGUGGCUCCGCUGUGUUCCCGCUCCUGACGGGUGUCAGCGCUGGAAGUGGAGGGUCAGAGACGGCAAGCUGGAGCUGCGGGACUGAAAUGGACUUGAAAUGCCGGAGAACUCUUCUUCCUGCUCAAACAUCGUCCUUCUGUCAUGAGGUUCACUACCUUCUUCAAAGACUACGACGCCCAUCCAGACUGAGGCAACAGCAUCCUCAGUCGUGAAAGACAGAAAGCCGAGCCGAAAAAAACAAAGCUGUGGAUUCACCUGUUGCUCUACAUUCCAACAGCUGCCUGUGGCCACAGGCUCGGAAAAAAGCAAGUCUCCCAAAGGAGGUUUGCUUGUGACUCUAGCAGAGCUCCGCUUCAGGAAUUCAGACCUCGGAUGUCCAACAAGACCCAGGAAAAAUAGAGCUUUGCACAAAAGUUGAGAAUGUUCUGUAUUUCAAUAGGAUUCUUUUCAGAGAGGGGAGAUCUGAGGACGGAGAAAAGGAUAACGGACGUGCAGGAAGGUCUGGGGGUUGGCGCCUCUGUGACCCCCGUCAGAAAAAGACUGAGAUGAACGCAUGGAAGAAAAAAGGUUGAAGCCCUGUGAAGAAAAUGUCUCCAUCAGCAGCAGAUCUGGACUGUUGACACAGAGCAGGUUCGGCCCCCCCCUGGAUUUAUGCUGUUGGCUCUGACCUGCAGACUCAGCAAUAAUGGAGAUCGUUCAACCAAGCUUUGAGUUUUAACAACACUUUGUCACUGACGACCUCUGAAAUAAACAGGAUCUGUUUGCCCCCCGCGGCUGUGGAUGAC